GCGCCCUCCCCGCCGCCGCCUCCUCCUCCUGCGCGGGUCCUGGCGAGGGAGGCGAGCGCACGCGAGGCGAGCCAGCGCGCCGGCUUCUUCCCUCGCCGCCUCCGGUGGGCGCCGCCCUCGACGCGCAGCCCCCUUCGCCCGGCCGGGCCCUUCGCAGGCAGGAGGCUUAGCCCGGGCGCGGCCCCGGUCGGCUUCGCUUCCCUCCGGCUUUGCCCGGCGCCGCUGCCGAAGAAGAGGAGGGAGGAGGAGCGGGAGGAAGAUGGCGAAAACCGAGCAGGUCCUGAGCCUGGAGCCGCAGCACGAGCUCAAAUUCAAAGGCCCCUUCACAGAUGUCGUCACUACAAAUCUGAAACUUGGCAACCCUACAGACAGAAAUGUUUGCUUCAAAGUCAAGACUACAGCACCACGCAGAUACUGUGUGAGGCCCAACAGUGGAAUUAUAGAUGCGGGAACGUCUAUUAAUGUCUCUGUGAUGCUGCAGCCCUUUGAUUAUGACCCUAAUGAGAAAAGCAAACACAAGUUCAUGGUUCAGUCGAUGUUUGCGCCAGCUGAUACUUCAGACAUGGAAGCCGUAUGGAAAGAAGCAAAACCAGAAGAACUCAUGGAUUCAAAACUUAGAUGUGUGUUUGAGCUGCCAGCAGAAAAUGAUAAACCCCAUGAUGUAGAAAUAAAUAAAAUUAUAUCCACAGCUGCAACAAAGACAGAAUCAUCUGUAAUGUCUAAAUCAUUAAGUUCUCCUUUGGAUGACACUGAAGUUAAGAAAGUAAUGGAAGAAUGUAAGAGGCUGCAGAUAGAAGUUCAGAGGUUACGGGAGGAGAACAAACAAUUUAAGGAAGAAGAUGGGCUGCGGAUGCGGAAAGCGCCCCAGACGAACCACCCAACCUCUGCCUCUGCUGCCGUCGCAAGAGAGGAGGGGCUCAGCACUAGACUUCUAGCCCUGGUGGUCUUGUUCUUUAUUGUUGGCGUAAUUAUAGGGAAGAUUGCCUUGUAGAGGCAGCAUGCUUGAGGAUUGUGAAUUGGAUGGAGGGAUCUGCCAUAUCAUUGGAUUAAAUUUAUUCAUAACAAAUGGGAAAAAAUAUAUGACAUCUCACAGGUCUUGCCUUUUAAAUUUUUUACCCCCCCCCUGCACAAAUAUAACAUUUAACAUAACAUAAUCUUCUAGAAAGUUUAAGAUGCACAAGGAGUAAGCAGGAGAAGAAAGGAGUUGUGAGGCAAUGAGGGGAAGAAAAUCAUGCAUUUAACACUAUAAUGGUGCAUUGUUUGGAGAGAAAAUGAAAGUCACUUUAUAAACAUUUUCCUGGACCUUGGUUCAUAUUACUGGACUUCUCUUCUUGUAGAGGGGUGGGGGUGGGGGGCGGGAGAGAUUCCUCUGAGGGAAGCUAGUCCCUUUUGCAUACCUAAAAGGUCGGCUUAAACAGGAACGGUGGUUGGCUUUCUGUAAAAUAUAUUAACCCACCAUUCCUCCACAUGUGUUUAACGGUUCUGUCAAGCAGGUGUGACUCUGAUCUCAGAAUCUGUAUGCGGUGUUACUCCCUGAGCAGCUCUUAAAGAUUCAUCCCAAACAGUCAGUGUGGCCAUUCCUCUCGAGGUCUCGUGUUGCCCACAGGAGUGUUGAACCCCUGACGGUGCAGCCGUGGAGAAUCGGAAAUCUGGACGAAAGAGAGGAGGACUCGGGGCAGGUCAAGCCGCACCCCGCAAAAGGCAACUGGUGGCAUCAGAGCUACAGAACUGAUAGAGGAGUUUUGCAGUUGGUCCCAAUUGCAUGCAGGAUAUAUGCAAGGAUAAGCUCUUAGAAGUUGGGGAGGGGUACAGAGGAAUAAAUGGAGAGGUUGGGGGUGGGAGGGUCACUUUCUGUGCCUGUUGUGGGGCUCCUAGUGAGGAAGGCUUGAUAGCCAGCAGUGUCUCGGAACCACCUUCCUAGCCUUGUUAAGCAACCCAAGUGCUGCUAAUCACUGGGGAGACGGCUCAUGGUUGUUGUGGCUCCUGCGUAACCAGAUUUUGUAGGAUAUCGGAACAGUGUGGGCCAUUGCGUUGUGUGCCCUCUGACCCCUCCCUUCUUGCUCUUAGUCCGGUCUGAUAAAAUAGUUUCCUUCUGUCUGUCCGUGUUCCACUUGGGAUGACAUCGCGUUAAUGGGGACCAUAUGCUUCUGCCUCCUCUUGUCUUGUCCUUUUAUUUUUGCACCCGCUUCUUGUGUUCUCAAAAGACUUCUCCUCCGCUCUUGCAUCUGCAGCAAAGUCCCACAUGCCUUAACCACACAUUGCAGUGUGUGUGUGAUGUCUCUUGUAUUAUCUUGUUUUCCCUCUCUAAGCCAUUACAUUCAGAUGAGGGAUUUGGGGGGGUCAGUCUUGUGGGCUGCAGAGCAGACGGGGGGGGUCAUCUUCUGGGUGCCCACUGGUAGCAGAUAUUCAUUCAAUACCUGCUGCCUUCUCUGCUUCUCCCCAGCAGCUCUUCUCCAAAAGCCCAGCUGCAGAGAGGACUUAUCCGUCCCCCCUUUCCCUGUCAGCUGCGUUGUGCUGCUUUUGAAUAGUGUCCUGGAUAUAGAGAUCAUCUCUCUCCGACUGUGACCCACGCUGGUGGGUAAGGAACUCGCAGAGGCAGAACGCUUGGUUCUAGACAAAUAACUUAACUGCCCUGUGUGUGUGGGGGGCAAGAUGAAUAGGUUGAGGCACAGAGCGCCACCAUCUCUCUCACUGUCUCUGUUUUAACUAAGUAGUUCUGGACACUUAAGCACUGAACAGCUAAAAGCCGACUCUGGUCCCAUCGAGAGGCAACUCGAAACAGUCAUCUGUCUAGCGAGUGUUGUGGAUUGAGCGUUGCUGCCUUGUUCUUCUUAAAGGGGGACCAAUUACAGUUGCUGUUGGUUCGUGUAGCAGAGUUAAAAAAAAAACUUUGUAGUCAAAAAUGUUUAAUACAUAUUUAACUUAUUUAAUGUAUCUCAUCUCAUGUUUUCCUCAUCGUCACAGACAUUUGACUACUGCUCUAUAAAUGGUUAAACGAGAGAGGAGGGAAAAGGGCACCUGUUCAAAGCUGGUGAACAGAACUAAUUUUUAUGGUUUAUUUUUUGUUGCUGUAGUGAUGAUGGAUUCUUCUGCCUCCUGAUGCGUUGGGCACCACAAUUGUCAGUUUUGAUCAUUAAACAUUGGGGAAAACAGCGGUCAGAAAACUGUUUUUUGUAUAUAAAACAAGUCUAUGUAGGGGAAAAAAUUAGUAGGAAUUAGUUCUAUGCUGUUCAAAAAAAAAAAGACCAAUCCUGUUUGACUAUGUAGCAUCUUAAAAAAAAAAUCAAAUAAAUCUCCCCCCAAAUGA